AUGAACGACACAAUCACCCCGCCGCGCUCGGACGGCGGCACCAAGUCGCCCCGCCAGCGAUACUCGGACGAGGCCGACGCCUCCAAUACCAAGAACCGCAAGUCGGAUGGCGGCAAAAAGAAGGGCACAUUCUCGAGCUUCAUGAACAGCAUGCUCGGCUCGCCCCGCAGGCCGACCAUCUCUACGCCCACCAAUCCAAUGCACGUCACCCACGUCAGCAUCGACAACGAGACAGGCGAGUUUACGGGCCUGCCCAAGGAAUGGCAACGCAUGCUGCAGCAAAAUGGCAUUACCGAGCAGGAGCAGAAACAGCACCCGCAGGCCGUCAUGGAUGUCGUGACCUUUUACAAGGACAAUGCCGAGAAGAACGAGGAGGACGCGAUAUGGGAUAAGAUGGGGCCUGCGCAGGCGUAUGCAUACCAGGCAAACCUGACGCCAGGCUCGGGCUACAGCAACAUCCAGCCCUUGCUCAGCCCUCCGCAGAGCCCACGCUUCCCGCGCAACGACCUGGACAGCUUCGAGAACCCGCGUGCCCCUCCGCCGGUCCCCCGCAGCUACACGUCGCCUGGUGUUGCGCCACCCAUCUCCCCGCAAAUCAAUGGUACUCUCAUUCCGAACCGUCCAGCUCCGAAACCACCGGGUGCUGCAUCCGCAAACCUCAUCCCUAGUCGCUCUGCUCCUUCAGCGCCCACUCCGUCUUCGCAGCAGCCCGUUCAGACCCCGAGGGAAGAGAACGCCUAUCCACAGGUCGCCUACGCCCCUCCCACCGUGACAGACAGCCCACAUGGAACCUCUUCGGCACCACGAAGUCGAGCUAACACAACGGGCGGCACACCGCCUCACUUCGACUCGCCAUCGAGUGCGACGGCCAUGUCUCCUGCCCAGCAGUAUCAGCAGCAGCAAGCCCAAGCUAUGGCUGCUGCUCAGCAAUCCAUGUCCGUGAAACAGCCCCAAUUAGCACGAGCUCUGAGCCAGAAAACACCACAGCCGCAGGCCCCGCACCUUACUCCUGCCGCCCCUGCGCCUUCGCAACCUUCGCCUCAGCAACAGUUCGCUCAGCAAUCUGAUCCCCAGAACAUUCCUCUACCAUCUCAGCAGGCACGCGUUGGUCCAGCACCCCGCCCUAGACAGAGGCCACGACAAAGCCAAGGACCGGACAUUGUAGCCAAGCUGAAUGCUAUUUGCACCAACGCUGAUCCCACGCUGAGAUACCGAAACCUGAACAAGAUUGGACAAGGUGCAUCGGGUGGCGUUUUCUCUGCGUAUGAAGUCGGCAGCAACAAAUGCGUGGCUAUCAAGCAGAUGAACCUGGAACAACAACCGAAGAAGGAUCUGAUCAUCAACGAAAUUCUGGUCAUGCAGAACAGCAAGCACAGGAACAUUGUAAACUUUAUGGACAGCUUCCUCGUUCGGGGAGAUUUGUGGGUAGUCAUGGAAUACAUGGAGGGUGGCAGUUUGACGGAUGUUGUAACCUUCAACAUCAUGUCAGAAGGACAGAUCGCUGCCGUCUGCCGUGAAACUCUGAACGGCCUUCAACAUCUGCACUCAAAGGGUGUUAUCCAUCGUGACAUCAAAUCUGAUAACAUAUUACUCUCCUUAGAGGGCAAUAUCAAGCUGACCGAUUUCGGAUUCUGCGCCCAGAUCAGCGAAACCCAGAACAAACGUACCACCAUGGUUGGAACACCAUACUGGAUGGCACCGGAGGUAGUCACGCGAAAAGAGUAUGGCAGAAAGGUCGACAUCUGGUCCCUAGGUAUCAUGGCUAUCGAGAUGAUCGAAGGAGAGCCACCAUACCUAAACGAAAGCCCUCUUCGUGCAUUAUGGCUCAUUGCAACGAACGGCACGCCUACCAUCAAAGACGAGCAAGCUCUCUCGCCUGUGUUCAAGGACUUCUUGCACUUCUCGCUGAAGGUCGACCCAGACAAGCGGGCUAGUGCCCAUGAUCUUCUCACCCAUCCAUUCAUUUCCACGGCAGAGCCUUUAAAUACGUUGGCACCACUGGUACUCGCUGCGAGGAAGGCUCGGGCUGAGGAACGACGGAAAAAAGGUGGUUUGUGA